AUGUUCGUCGUAGAAGACAAGGGCAGUGCCAUUGCUCUCAUGUGUGCUGCCCUCCUCUUCCUGGGCACAUGGCCAGCAUUGCUCACCCUCUUGGAGCGCAGAGGCCGGCUACCGCAGCACACGUACCUUGAUUACUCGAUCACGAACCUCCUCGCCGCGGUCCUCAUUGCACUCACCGUGGGCCAGCUUGGGGAGAGCAAGCAAAACAUACCCAAUUUCUUCACCCAGCUCAGUCAGGAUAACUGGCCUUCGGUGCUGUUUGCAAUGGCAGGGGGCCUUGUGCUCAGUAUUGGGAACCUUUCUACACAAUAUGCUUGGGCAUAUGUGGGUCUCUCAGUUACUGAGGUUAUCUGCGCAAGCAUGGUUGUUGUAAUAGGCACAACACUGAAUUAUUUCCUGGACAACCGCAUCAACAGGGCAGAUAUUCUUUUCACUGGAGUGGCUUGCUUCCUUGUUGCAGUCAUCCUUGGGACUGCUGUACACUCUUCUAAUGCAGCUGACAAUGAAGAAAAACUAAGUGAAUCCACAAAUGGCUACAACCUUGGGAAAAAUGGAGGUAUGGAUCCAAGCAAACAAGGUAUACAUGAUGCACUAGAGGUGGACAUAGAGAACGGAGCUUGCGCAGAAGAGGGCACCAGAGCUGAAGCAGGAACCGCAGAAUACCUAAUUGAGCUCGAAGGCCGGCGUUCGGUUAAGGUGUUUGGAUCAAGCACCCUCAAGGGGCUUGGGCUGGUUUUCUUUGCCGGGGUGUGCCUCUCGCUCUUCUCCCCGGCACUCAACCUCGCUACCAAUGACCAGUGGCACACCCUGAAAGGCGGCGUCCCGCAUCUGGUUGUGUACACCGCCUUCUUCUACUUCUCCAUGUCGUGCUUUGUCAUCGGUGUCGGGCUCAACAUCUUGUUCCUCUACCGCCCGAUGGCCGGCGUGCCGAAGUCGUCCUUCAGGGCCUAUCUGGGUGACUGGGAAGGCAGGCAGUGGGCUCUCCUGGCCGGCUUGCUUUGUGGUUUGGGCAAUGGCUUCCAGUUCAUGGGUGGUCAGGCUGCUGGUUAUGCUGCUGCUGAUGCUGUUGAGGCAUUGCCACUUGUGAGCACAUUCUGGGGCAUCGUGCUUUUCGGGGAGUACCGCAAGUCGUCCAAGAAAACCUACACUCUGCUCGUGUUGAUGCUGCUCAUGUUUGUCGCGGCUGUAGCAACGCUCAUGGCUUCAGCAGGUCACAGGAGCACAAAGUGA